AAAAGCUCAAGCAUUUCUGAAAUGUGUUUCAGAUCUAGAGUUGACUGGAGUAAUUAUGCCAGUUCCAGUUCCGGAACAGGGGAUGGGGUUUUAUUCAAAUCUCUUCAUUGUACCAAAGAAGGAGAGUUCUGGAUCUAAAAAUAUUGAAUCGUUAUGUAAGGAUACCAACAUUCAAGAUGGUAACUGUAAGGACUAUGUAAUAAUGGCAUGAUCUGAAUUCACAUAUGGUCUGGAAGGGGUAUAUAUAUAUACAUAUAUAUAUGGUAUAUGUAUUCUACAAGAACUCAGCUGAAUGGUCAAGAAGGGGUUAACUCCUCAUUCAGAUACUAGGUCACUAUGGAAUGUAGAAAGAUCACAUUACCAGACCCCCAUCUGAGAAGGAUGACCAGCUGGCUUAAGAUCCUUUGUCUAAGGCUAAUGCCAUUCCCUACCCCCAAAGCACAUGCAGGAUGAAACCAUAUACUCUUAAAAUUACAAUGGGGGCUUGCUUAUGAGUGACAUCAUCAUUGUGGGAGGGAUGAAAAACUUACAAUAAAAGUAGCAGGAAUACUGGAGUUCACCCCUCUUUCACUCUUUUUCAAUUGGAAUGGUGACCACAGCUAACAUCAGAAUUGAGCGUUUCAGCAGUAAAGUCUUUGGCCAAGACUACAGAUCCAGAGAGGCAUUACCUAAGGAUCAGUUGAACCAGACGCAGAGAAAAUCAUAUCGCGCAGGACGUGAAUCUGAUUUGCUGGCAGUCUGAAGACACUUUAAAGUAUUUCAUUAUGUGGAGCCUGAGAGGAAUGAUCGCCACAAACCUAUUUGUAUUUGUGUGGGUGUUAUUGCAAAAACUUCCAAUCUGUGACUGUAAUGAACUUUCAAUCACAAACCUCACAAGGAGUCGUAGAUGGAGCUCAAGCAGCAUCAUCAGAGGAUGGACAGACUUAUGGAGCUCUCAAGACCUUCACAAAGAUUGUUUGGGAAAAUUGACUUUUAAUGUGGGUGGGAAAAUUGAAAUAUUUGCAGAAAAACAUCAAGACAAUUUAAUUGGUUUUUGGAGGGUCAAUCAGGGUAAUAAAGUUGAAUGGGAAUGUAAGUGGGUGGCUUGGGGAAAAUGGACUGUAGGUCUGGUGGGAGAAGGUGUUUCUGUGUCUACAACAUUUACAAAUCCUAUUCACACUAUAAAUGGCGAUAACUAUAAUAUAACCAAGGUUAUAUUUGAACAACAAAUUGGAGAAGGGAUUAAUUGGAGGGUUACAGCUGCCAACUUUGGUGGAGGGAUUGAAGUAUACUUAAAAAUAGAUCAAAUAAAGGAAACAACCACAUUUACGCCUUUGAUCUAUUCUACUUUAAUCACUACACCAAAGAUGAAACAUUAUGACAAUACUCCAAUGUGUAAGGGGAAAAGUGUUGUUUCUAGUGGUCCAUUUCAAACAAGUACAAUCAAGCCAACUCCAGUAUUGAGGGAUGCCACAUUCCAAUUUAUCACGUGGAAGAUUAAAAUAAUAGAUUGGCUAGUUUCCACACAUUACCAAAAUUGUUCCAGAAUUACUGCCACUAUGGAAAAAGCAUUAGUUAAGUGGGCAGAAGGUACUAGGAGAAGGACUAGGAGGGAUAUCAUGGAUACAGUUUUGGGAGGUGUGGGAACAGGGCUAGGUGUGGUAAAUUCCAUUGACAUAUCCAGCUUAACAGCAACCUUACAGUCUCAGGGGAUGUUAAAUGCAAAAGGGAUUCAUACGCAACAAAUGAUAAACACUCUGGUAGAGACACUGACACAGACAGUCAUUCAGGUUCAGGGUCCUGCCAUUCAACAUACAGAGGAAAUACUGAUAGGAGUAAUUAGCAGGUUAAGGGAAGUAUCCUGGGAUUUUGUGUGUAUUUCCAUGCAAACAGAAUUAUCAACUGACUUUAAAUUAAUAGCACAGGCUAUGGAAAAUAACCAUACACCUUUGGGAGGGUGGGAGCAGUCUGUUGUUAACAGUUUUGCAUCAAAACACAGAGAAUUAUGGUUAAACAGUUGGUUGGGCUGCAGGGAAAAUAUAUGCAGGGCUACUUCACUUGUGCCCACUAGUGGUACCUAUCAGAAUGUUUAUCAUUUGUUUUCACUAGGAACACCUGUCACAGAAUCUCAUGUUUUGCAUCAUGAGUUAGAGUUCCCAAAUUUGAUAUGGAAUGGUUCCCAUAUGGAACAGGUAGAUAUGUCUGGCUGCAUAAGGUUUCCUUCUAAAAUUUUAUGUCUACCCAACCAGGCAAGAAUAAUUUUUGAUUCCUGCUGGCAUAAUCACUCAUAUUGCAAUGGUUUUGUGGAGAAAGUUAAUCCCCAAGAUAUGAUUUUUCCCUUAGGACAAGGAAAGGUGUGUUUUGUUGCAUUGAAGCCUAAAGAUGAAGUGCAUGUAUGGUUUGACAGGUGUAAUUCAAGGGAACAAAUCACACCAGGGAUUUAUUGUAUUACUGGGUACCCUGUGAGGAUAAGUUCACUACAGUUUAACUUCACUGUCCCACAGUUACUCACAUAUAACGCUACCUUGGGGGCUCCACUCAUAACCCCAAUAUUAGUAGAUGAUGCACCUUGGCAAAAAUGGGUAACCUUAUUGCAAAAAGACUCUGUGUUACUAGAACAUCUUAAAAAUUUUGGGGAACGUGUUCAUGUAAAUUUCUACCAUCAGGAACAAGAACUACAAAGGAUUGAACAUACUUUUACGGAGAUGUCAAGUGCAACCUGGUGGCAGAAAUUAGCAAAUUCCUUUUCGAAACAGUCAUCAUGGGGUUCUGCAUUGGGAAAUCUGUUUAUACAUCCAUUUAUAAUCAUAUUAUUUAUUUCUAUAUUAUGUAUAAUUAUUCAAAUUUGUAUGUGUUGUUAUUUAAAAUCAUUAAUUGCACGUGUAUAUCACUUAUAUUAUGGUAUGCGAAUGGAAGCGUCUUUAGUACACUAAUAUAGCCAUCACACAUAGGUGGGGUUAGGAAUCUUCCAUCAGAUUCACUCAUAUAAAAACAACCAUUGGAAUGGAAGGGUAUGGUAACCUCCAUUGCCAAAAGGGGGGAAUGUAAUAAUGGCAUGAUCUGAAUUCACAUAUGGUCUGGAAGGGGUAUAUAUAUAUACAUAUAUAUAUGGUAUAUGUAUUCUACAAGAACUCAGCUGAAUGGUCAAGAAGGGGUUAACUCCUCAUUCAGAUACUAGGUCACUAUGGAAUGUAGAAAGAUCACAUUACCAGACCCCCAUCUGAGAAGGAUGACCAGCUGGCUUAAGAUCCUUUGUCUAAGGCUAAUGCCAUUCCCUACCCCCAAAGCACAUGCAGGAUGAAACCAUAUACUCUUAAAAUUACAAUGGGGGCUUGCUUAUGAGUGACAUCAUCAUUGUGGGAGGGAUGAAAAACUUACAAUAAAAGUAGCAGGAAUACUGGAGUUCACCCUCUUUCACUCUUUUUCAAUUGGAAUGGUGACCACAGCUAACAUCAGAAGUAAGUGAUCCUUACAGACACAUAAUUUCAGCACACCAUACUUUCACAUAGAUUGGGCAAAUGUAUUAGUGUAAUAUUGAUGUAUAGUUCACUGCUGAGUAUUUAUAAGUGAUUUGCAUAUGUGUAAUUUAUAUUUAAUCUGCAUAUUGUAAUAAUGUUUAAUUAGCCUCAUUGUAAUAAAAGUUUUGUUACUGCUGGAAUAA